AUCACGCGGAGACGAACGACAAAUCAAAAACUUGAACCGCUAAACGACGUCGUCCUUCUAUAUUCCCAAACCAAACCGACCCCUUUCCUUCGUCUCCUAAUAAAUCUCAAGAGAGUUUUUUGCAAUUUCAAUUUCAGUUUUUUUCAGAUCUCAAAACUUUUCCUCGUUUCCGAUUCGAUUCGAUUCAAUUCUUCUCUCGUCUGCUUUCCUCAAAGGUUUUUUCAUCACUUUAUGCUUCACAAGCGAGCUAGUGAAGCUAACGAGAAGAGCGAUAACAGCAUCGGUUCCGAUUUAGCAUCCAAGAAACGCCGUAUCGAUAUCACUGAUUCUUCUUCCGCGUCUGAUAAGUCUUUGGUUGUAGCUUCUGGUAGUAGUAGUAGUAGCGUCGUUCAGCAACUCGACAUGGCUUUUGGUAACUCGAAUCGUCAGGAGAUCGAUGAGGAUCUUCACAGUCGGCAGCUCGCCGUCUAUGGUCGUGAGACUAUGAGGCGUCUCUUUGCUUCGAAUGUUCUCAUCUCUGGGAUGCACGGCCUUGGCGCCGAGAUUGCCAAGAAUCUUAUUCUUGCUGGUGUAAAGUCUGUGACCCUGCAUGAUGAAAGAGUUGUUGAGCUAUGGGACUUAUCCAGCAACUUUGUUUUCUCGGAGGAGGAUGUUGGCAAGAAUAGAGCGGAUGCUUCUGUUCAGAAGUUACAGGAUCUUAACAAUGCUGUGGUUGUCACUAGCUUGACCAAAAGCUUAACCAAAGAGGAUCUUUCUGAUUUCCAGGUUGUUGUUUUCUCUGACAUAAGCAUGGAAAGAGCAAUCGAAUUUGAUGACUAUUGUCACAGCCGUCAGCCUCCUAUCGCUUUUGUUAAGGCUGAUGUCAGGGGUCUUUUUGGCUCUGUCUUUUGUGAUUUUGGGCCUGAAUUUGCGGUUCUCGAUGUUGAUGGAGAGGAACCCCAUACAGGCAUCAUUGCGUCUAUCUCUAAUGAGAACCAGGCAUUUAUUUCCUGUGUCGACGAUGAGAGGCUUGAAUUUCAAGAUGGUGACCUAGUUGUUUUCUCAGAAGUUGAGGGUAUGACGGAAUUGAAUGAUGGGAAACCAAGGAAGAUAAAAAGUGCACGGCCAUAUUCAUUCACCCUUGAUGAGGACACUACAAACUAUGGAACAUACGUUAAGGGUGGUAUUGUCACUCAAGUGAAACAACCGAAGUUGCUGAAUUUCAAGCCAUUGAGGGAAGCUAUUAAAGAUCCUGGGGAUUUUCUAUUUAGUGAUUUCUCUAAGUUUGAUCGGCCUCCACUCCUUCACUUAGCAUUCCAGGCACUUGAUCAUUUUAAAUCUGAAGCUGGCAGAUUUCCUGUCGCUGGCUCAGAAGAAGACGCUCAGAAGCUUAUAUCGAUUGCCACAGCCAUCAAUACCGGGCAGGGUGAUUUAAAGGUGGAUAAUGUUGACCAGAAGCUUCUACGACACUUCUCCUUUGGAGCCAAGGCUGUCCUGAAUCCCAUGGCUGCAAUGUUUGGUGGUAUUGUUGGACAGGAGGUUGUUAAAGCUUGCUCUGGAAAAUUUCAUCCUCUCUUCCAGUUCUUCUACUUUGAUUCAGUGGAGUCACUCCCCACUGAACCUCUGGAUUCAAGUGACUUUGCGCCAAGGAACAGCCGGUACGAUGCCCAAAUAUCUGUAUUUGGGGCCAAAUUCCAGAAGAAACUCGAAGAUGCUAAAGUUUUUACAGUAGGGUCUGGUGCACUUGGAUGUGAGUUUUUGAAAAAUAUGGCUCUGAUGGGGGUGUCUUGUGGAAACCAAGGGAAGCUGACAGUGACAGAUGAUGAUAUUAUUGAGAAAAGUAAUCUCAGUCGUCAAUUUCUAUUCCGUGACUGGAACAUUGGACAGGCUAAAUCCACAGUUGCUGCUUCUGCUGCUGCAGCUAUAAAUCCCCGCUUCAACAUUGAGGCCCUGCAAAACCGUGUUGGCGCUGAGACUGAGAAUGUAUUUGAUGAUGCCUUUUGGGAGAACUUGACUGUUGUCGUGAAUGCACUGCAUCUAACUGAAAAUUACGGUGCCUCAAGGGACCCACCAGAGAAACAGGCCCCCAUGUGUACUGUGCAUUCGUUUCCGCAUAACAUUGAUCACUGUUUAACUUGGGCUCGCUCUGAGUUUGAGGGUCUGCUUGAGAAGACUCCUGCUGAAGUGAAUGCAUACCUGUCUAGCCCGGUUGAGUACACUAACUCAAUGAUGACUGCUGGCGAUGCUCAGGCGAGGGACACAUUGGAGAGGAUUGUUGAGUGCCUUGAGAAGGAGAAAUGUGAAACCUUCCAAGACUGCUUAACCUGGGCUCGACUGAGGUUUGAGGAUUACUUUGUGAACCGUGUCAAGCAAUUGAUAUACACAUUCCCUGAAGAUGCUGCGACUAGUACCGGAGCUCCAUUCUGGUCUGCUCCAAAAAGAUUCCCUCGUCCACUCCAGUAUUCGUCUUCCGACCCAAGUCUCCUUAACUUUAUCACAUCGACUGCUAUUUUACGAGCAGAGACAUUUGGGAUUCCGAUACCUGAGUGGACCAAAAACCCCAAGGAAGCAGCAGAAGCUGUUGACAGAGUGAUAGUCCCAGACUUUGAGCCAAGAAAAGAUGCAAAGAUUGUGACUGACGAGAAAGCUACCACUUUAACAACUGCUUCGGUGGACGACGCUGCAGUCAUCAACGAUCUCAUUGCUAAGCUCGACCAGUGUAGGCAUAACUUGACUCCAGACUUCAGGAUGAAACCAAUUCAGUUCGAAAAGGAUGAUGACACAAACUAUCACAUGGAUGUGAUAGCGGGACUAGCCAACAUGAGAGCGAGGAACUACAGUAUCCCUGAAGUCGACAAGCUGAAGGCAAAGUUCAUCGCAGGGAGAAUCAUCCCAGCCAUUGCGACUUCAACAGCCAUGGCUACUGGACUGGUCUGCCUCGAGCUGUACAAGGUUCUUGAUGCAGGACACAAAGUGGAAGACUACAGGAACACAUUUGCUAACUUGGCACUUCCGCUCUUCUCCAUGGCUGAGCCGGUUCCUCCAAAGGUGGUGAAGCACCGCGACACGGCUUGGACCGUAUGGGACAGAUGGGUGCUCAAGGGAAACCCAACUCUGCGUGAGGUUUUACAGUGGCUGGAGGACAAAGGACUUAGUGCGUACAGCAUUUCGUGCGGAAGCUGUCUCCUGUUCAACAGUAUGUUCCCGAAGCACAAGGAGAGGAUGGACAAGAAGGUUGUGGAUCUUGCUCGGGAUAUCGCCAAAGUGGAGCUGCCGCCAUACCGCCACCAUCUUGAUGUAGUGGUUGCUUGUGAGGAUGAAGAUGACAAUGAUGUCGAUAUCCCUCUCGUCUCUAUCUACUACAGGUGAGAGAGAAUCUUCAAUCAGAAAAAAAAAAAAUUGAAAAGAAAAAAAGAAACCAGACAGAAGAAGAUGAAACUCGUGAGAUCAAGUUUGUGUGUUUUGUCUCUUGCAUCUGCCCUACGUAUUUUCUUUUGGAUGCUUUUGGGUGAGAUGACUAUUUUUACUCCGGGGGGAUAGAAUCCCAUCUUAUCAAUCUCUCGUUCUAUUUCUACUGUUUUUAUGUACACUUCGUGGUGUGGUUUUACCCACGCAUCAACCCAUCUGAACAUGUUUUGUGUCCAACGACUCUCGAGUUUUCCUUU